GGAGGGCAGAGCUCUGCCAUCAGUAAAUGCGUCGAGGGAGCGAGGCGAGGGCGAGGUGACGCGCGACGCGACGCAGGCGGGCGGACGGACGGACGGACGGACACGCGCCGGUAACGCAAUUACCGCGACGUUAAUUUACUCAAUAAUCGCAGAAGCAACCCCGUCUAAAUGUCGGCACGCGUCCCUCCGACCCUAAUCAUAUACCGUGUAGCCGUCAUCACGCUCUACAGGCGGUAACCGUAAUGUCGGAGAUUCGAGAAGCCGUCAGGAUUAACGUACGACCACUAAAACAUAAGGCUUUUUUUCUCUCAUUUCUCCUCCCUCUAUCUUUUCACCCUCCCUCGCUUUUUUUUAAUACUGAUUAUACCAUUCUUGAUAAUAAAACAAAAAAAAAGGAGAAAGAAAGAUAGGAAAGAAGCACGCGGGUCGCGGAUGAUAAGUGAAUAGAAUGCGCUCCCACGUGCGUUCCCUUUCGGCAAAUUCAUGUCAGAUCUACUUUGACUAUCUUUGUCUACGUGUGGAUACGCGCCGCGCGCGUGCACCGCCAUUUGGAAAGCGCGCCGUACAUCAUCCGAUAAGUAAUUUAAUCCCGCGUUUCUGCUCGUCCUCCACCCUUCGAAGAUUCAAUACCGAUAUACGGUUCGACGCGAAGCGGCGUAUCGACCAUGCCGAGGACUCGGCUGCGCCGAAUGACGUGGAAAAUACGACAGAUCGCCGGAUGAACCGGUCCGCCGAGGAGCGACGAUAACGAACGCCGUGACGAUGCACAUUAUUAAAUACGUUGUUAAGGACCGUCGUUCUCACGCGCCGCAUGCGAUACGGUAAAAUUUGCGAGGUGAAGGGAUGAUGCGGAAGCGGGUCGUUUUCAACUGUACACACACGACCGAGAGCCGCGUCACGUCGCGAACGUAUCAUGUUAUAACGGAUGGCUACAGCCACAAGCGAGUAAGUUCUCGGAACGCACCCUUACAUACUCGCGCUAUUAUUCUCUACGUGCUAGAGCGCGAUAGAGCGGAGAGAAUCACAAAUACAGAAAGAUUCGUUCCUCCUCCACCUCCUCCUCCUUCUGAGGGGAGUCCCCACCCCUUCUUCAUUCAGGCGCCACCGCCUUUCCCGUCCUCGCAGCGGGGACGCGGAUGUAUAUCGUCGGAUUCAUGAAUAUCCGCGAAUAGCGCGUGUCCAUGGAAACGGUUGACCAAGUCCCGCCCCCAGGACUUCCGCGGGGCCAACCCGAGUGACGGCGAGCGUCACGACGCCAGCCAAUGCCGGGGGCGUCAGAGCGGUAGCCGGAUAGUCGGCUCCGAGCUUCACCCUCCUUCGUUGGUACGUACGUUCGGCGGGUAGCUAGGCGGGAGGGGCUGCCGAUGAUCACGCGCGCGCGGGGGGGUUAAAUCACCCCGAGUCGCGCGCACCGAUACUCCCUCAACGUCGGUGAACGACGGUGUUUCCUCGCGCGACUUACCCUCAUACCCAGCACGAUUCGCGGCAAUCAAUUCGAUUUCAUCCGGACGUUGGCGAGAUAAACGCCGCCUAGCUGGUGACGAGUAAGCCAAGGCUCCGCUCGAAGUGUUCUUAAUGCGACAUACGAUCGUAUACGUGAUGAGAAGAGAGUGAUUCGUUCGAAAAAAGUGACGUAUUUUCGUAUACGUGUGUUACUCUUUCGAUAAAUAAAUAAUCGAACGCCAUAAACAUUAUUUUCGUCGCCAAUGCGACGGAAGACGACACGAAAUCCGCGCCGGAGAUCGCACGCUUCGCAACCGAGAAAGGAGAAUUUACCUUGGGGUACUUCGGGGGUGUUGUACGUUAGAAACUGAACGGCAAGCAAAAGGUAUCGAAUCGUUCAGCCGCAUUGAACGCGCCGGAGCGAGGAUGUAACCGCGAAACACACACGUCCGCAGCGAAUUUGCGUUAAGCGAGAAAAAUGCAGUCGACCUGCCAACAGCAGCAAGCUCAACCAGGUCAAAACGGAACUUCCGCCAGCAGGACGUCGUUUCUCAUCGAAGAUAUCCUCAGCCGCGGCACGGUGACUCCGCACUCUCACCAUCAUCAGUUGCACCACCCGCAUCUGACGUCGACUGGCAUCGGACACGGACAACAUCACCAGUAUCAGCAGUUUGCCAGUUUGCUCCCCGGCUAUCCCGCGGCGCCGCCCGCCGCAGCGGCCUUCUUCUUGGGACCGCUCUUCGGUAGCGCUAGCAUGGGGGUUGGCGUGGUACCGGGAGUUGGAGAGCUGGCGGCUUUGAAGCACUGUCGGCGACGAAAGGCCCGAACCGUAUUCAGCGACCAGCAACUGGCAGGUCUGGAAGCGAGGUUUGAGGUGCAAAGGUACCUGAGCACACCUGAAAGAGUGGAACUCGCGGCCGCGUUGCACCUGUCCGAGACCCAGGUGAAAACAUGGUUCCAAAAUCGUCGGAUGAAACACAAGAAACAACUGAGGAAGCUCAAUACGAACAACAAUAGCAAUCCCAGUUCCGGGCAGCAAUCGAUACCCGUUACGUCGCCCGCUGAGCGUCCCGUAGACUUUUCGUUGAGCGGCGGCCGCGAGUCUCGUGCGAGCAGCGACGCGCCCGCAGACUCCGACGAUGAGGACGACGACGAGAUUGAUGUGCUGGGCGACGAGACACCGUCGCCGACACCAACGCCGGCGGCGACGCCGACCCCGACGCCGACGCCGACGCCGACGCCAACGGCGACUCCGGCGUUGACGUCAACGUCGACGACCUCGACGCCAACGUCGACGCGGACUGGCGUCCUAUCUCCACCGUCCAGACGGGGUACACCACCAAGGAUCCUCCAUACGACGAUCCAUUCGCAUCCACAUCCACAUCCACAUUCACACCCUCACUCACAUCCACCUUCGAUUGGCCUGCAUCACCAACCGCAGCACGGCCAGCAUUCCGCCCAACGUCAGCAUCGCUAGGGACACUGUCACACGAGAUCAAGUCGCUCGUUUCUUAUCGGAAUCACGGCAACUGCAUGAACAGAAGAAACAGAAUCCUUGUUCCGGGUGUAGGUGCAGAAGUAUAGACCACGCGUUCCGAUCAAGUCGCUCUUUCUCUCUCUUUCUGUACACAGUUUACGAAGAAAUGAAAACCUUCCGCGACCAGCGUUGUGCUUUCUUCCUCUGAUGUAAAAAUUAGAGAGAGGCUAUCAUGAGGUUGUCGUGCUAAUCAGUGAAGCUAACACACGUAUGUAGAUAUAAUAGAAAUAUUCAUUUUUAUUUUGUUCUUUUUACUUGGAGGGGGAGGCAUUCAUAGAAAGCCUUCCGCAUUCUUCACUAUUCAGUUAUUGAAGAGAAUAAACAUUACUUGAGAGAGAUAUUGCCCCUUUUUCGAAUUCGCACGUGAUGCUUAUCAUUAAAGAUCUCGAAACAAGGAAAACCGCAGUAAAGAGUAAAGACGUAAGCAAUAAGGAGAUCGACCAAUUAUGAUUGAAAUGACCGUCAGAAAUCUGGAUUGGCCGAUCCGCUUACUGCUUAUGUCCUACUGCUUACAUUUUUCCUUGUGUCAAGCCCUUAAAAUCGGAAAUGCGCGGUCUAUACUUGUUAUGUACAACAUAGUUCCAAGAUCAUCUCGAUAUAUGCUCGCGAUGAUCGGAUUAAUCGAAAAUUAAUCGAGAACUGAAACUCGCCCCGCGUAACAGAGAAUAUGAAAUUCGAUUGUUCUGCUUGAGAUUGAAGAAAGAACAUUCCGCGUUUUCGAGAAGUAUUCGUCUGUCAUCGGGUGAUAAUUCAGGCUGUUCAAUGGGACGGCAACGCGUCGCUCCGAAGCGUCGCUCCAAAGCUUUUGGUUUGCUAACGUAAGUGAAAUUCUGCCGAUUCUCGAAUCUACUUUUUAUAGCAAAUUACAGUAAUAAAACCAAUGUUUUAUCCAUUAUUACCUUUUAUAGUGAGUAAACCUAGGCCGUGGUUUUCGUUGGAAAUUAAACUGUCAUGCUCAUAAAA